UAUAGGUAUCAUCAAAUCAAAGAGAAGAAGGUAAGUGAGGAAGCUAAGGUGGAUCGAAGGCAUGGGAAGAGGCCUCUUCUUCCUUCUGAUUCUAGAUCAGAAGAGAAAAGAAGAGAAGAAGAUGAUUGUUUUCUCAACAACGUUCCUCUUCAGCCACCUUCACAAUCUGAAAUCCAACAACAAGAAGAGGAAGAACCUUCACCAAAUCUUCAAACAGUUCAGCUCCAAGACCAAGGCAAGAAGGAUGUGAGAAAACGACAUUAUAGAGGAGUAAGGCAGAGACCAUGGGGAAAAUGGGCAGCCGAAAUCAGAGACCCUAAAAAGGCGGCGAGAGUUUGGUUAGGAACCUUUGACACUGCAGAAGCCGCAGCAGCAGCUUACGAUUCUGCGGCCUUAAAAUUUAAAGGUAACAAAGCCAAACUCAAUUUUCCUGAGCGCGUUGCCGCUUCCAAUUCCGCUUCAACAACUUAUCAUCACUCUUCACAACCAGCACCUACUAUGGUGUAUCGACCUUCUUCACAACCGUAUACUCCAUUAAUGCCGCCGCCUGCGCCGUCCUCCUCCGCAUCGGAGGAAGGAGGAUUUCCAAACCUAAUGCAAUAUGCGCAGUUGCUUUGGAGUAGAGACGAUGAUGAUCUACAACGUGCAGCUUCAGGGCUUUAUCAUAAUAAUAAUAAUAAUAAUUACAGUAACAAUUUUUCUUCAUAUGGUUCUGUAAUGAAUUCAUCAUCAGGGUUGUCUUCUUCUUCUACUACUUCAGAUUCUGCGGUUGUGAUGACUGGUCAACUCCAUAGCAUGAUGGGUGCACCACCACGACCACCCAAGGGAGAUUAUGAUUAUUUUUUUGGUCAAGGGACUGAUUUCGAUGGCAGGAAUUGAUGGUAAUCAUGAUGAUGAUCAUGAUCACAUGAAUCAUGAGGUGAUGAUAUAUGUAUGUAUUUUUUUUCUGUUCAUCUGACCAACAGAGAUUCUUGAAUGCUCUUAGAGCAAGACAAAAGUUUUUCUUUUUUUGUUGUUAUUAUUCUAUAAUAAUUUUUAAGAAAUAAA